CCUUCGAAAAAAAAAAAAAAAACAAAUAUUGCUGGAGAGCCUUCAGCCAAAAGGGCCGGCGUCUCUGUAACAAAGAGCUGACGCGGCCGUUGCACGCUACGUCUCCAUUCUAACGCUUUUGACAACGACAUGUGCUACGCCUCCUCAGCUCUCUCUUCCACCUAAAAGAGUUAAAAUACAGAAAGACAAAUUCCUUCGUAAUCCGAAAGCGCUCUCUCUCUCUCUCUCUCUCUCUCUCUCUCAGAACCUGUAUUGUUUCAGGAAGUGAGCGAAAAAGAAAAAGAGAAUUUCCUUUGCUUUGCCUGUGAAUCUGAUAUUGAUUUGAUAUUGGAUUCUGAGAGUUUUAUAAACGCAAUGCCGGGAGAAGUGGCUUCAAUUCAAGAGGAAGGGAAGGGCAAGAGCGGUUGUGAGGUGGAGACGGCGUCGGAGGACGAGAGGCGAAGGGUCCGGGGUAGAUCUCUGAAAAAGAAGGCAAUGAGCGCUUCCACGAAGCUCUCGCACACUCUUAGGAAGCGCGGGAACCGGGUCGCCGACUGCCGAUUCGCCUCGAUUUCGAUCUACGAUGUCCGCGACGCCAAGGAAGAACAAGCUGUCAACGCGUUCCGCGAGGCAUUGCUCGCCAAAGAUCUCCUCCCGCGUCGCCACGAUGAUUACCACACUUUGCUCAGGUUUCUAAAGGCAAGGAAGUUUGACAUUGAUAAAACUCUCCAUAUGUGGGCUGAAAUGCUUAACUGGAGGAAAGAGUAUGGUGUGGAUUCUUUUUUAUGGGAUUUUGUAUAUGAUGAACGUGAAGAUGUUCAGCGCUGGUAUCCACAUGGUUACCAUGGUGUAGACAGAGGGGGACGACCUGUUUAUAUUGAAAGACUUGGCAAAGUUGAUCCUAGCAAGCUGAUGAAUGUCACCACGGUGGACCGGUUUUUAAAAUAUCAUGUUCAGGGGUUUGAGAAGGUCUUCAGUGAGAAGUUCCCAGCAUGUUCCAUUGCUGCCAAGAGACACAUAGAUUCCACAACAACAAUACUGGACGUGCAUGGACUGAACUGGGUGAGCUUUGGCAAGGUUGCCCAUGAUCUUGUUAUGCGCAUGCAGAAAAUUGAUGGUGACAACUAUCCUGAGACAUUACAUCAGAUGUUCAUUGUUAAUGCUGGUAGUGGGUUCAAAUUACUAUGGAAUACAGCAAAAGGUUUUCUAGACCCAAGGACUACUGCAAAGAUACAUGUUUUAGGCAACAAAUUCCAAAAUAAGUUGUUGGAGGUCAUAGACCCAAGCCAACUGCCAGAUUUUCUGGGUGGAGCUUGCUCAUGCCCGAAUGAAGGUGGGUGCCUUAGAUCUGACAAGGGGCCUUGGAAUAAUCCUGAAAUAAUGAAACUGGUACAUGUAGGAGAAGCAAUGUAUCUGAGAAGGAUUAAGAGUACCUAUAAUGGCGAUGAUUUAGAAGUCAAGUUAUCUGUCUCUAAGGUUGCACGUAGUGAAAUAUCCUUUGCUGGGUCAGGAUCAGACAUGCCUACAAGUGCUUCUGGCGUCAGGCAGUUAAUGCCACUUUGUCGUGAAACGGGUGUCCUGGAAGAAAGGAUGAGUGACCCUGCAUCUACCUGCAGCCUGGUUGAACCGGUUGGUGCUGCCAUAAGGCUUGAAGGUACUUGUUCAACAAGUAGGUUAUCACUCAGCUCCUCUUCUAAUGGCGAUUCAACCAACAAUGGUACCCAAAGAAGGCCAUUGAAGAAGUUCAUUCCCUAUUUAACAACUUUAAUCAUUCGUGUAAUACUCAAAAUAUUAACAUGUGUAUAUCUAGUACUAGCCGGGUUGGGGAGAAUUUUCAGAGUGCAGCGUACAGACAAACCGUUGGGUAACAAUAGCAAACCCCAGUUUUCUGAUUCUGGAUCUGAGGAGCAGCUCAUUUCACAGGCAAUCAAAGAGGACCCACUCUGGCAGAGGCUGCAGCAUUUAGAAACAUUAGUAAAUGACCUGGUUAACAAACCUACAAAAAUUCCUCCAGAGAAGGAUGAUAUGCUUCGAGAAUCUCUUAGUCGUAUUAAAUCCAUAGAAUAUGACUUACAGAAGACAAAGAAAGCACUGCUUGCAACUGCAUCAAAGCAAGUGGAGCUCGCUGACUCACUGGAAGGUUUAAAGGACAACAGCUCAACCAAUACUUGAGAAAUGAUAAUUUUGGAUAGCUUCAAGGCAACCAUACUGCACAAUUUAGGGACAAACUCUUGUUGGCCGAGACAUUGUAAAUCUUAUACCGCAGGAAGAUGAAUAAAUUGUUUUGAGUCACAGUUUGCUGAAGUUGUUGGUACAGGAUGCCUCUAGACUCUAAAAAAAAAAAAUUGCAAUAACUUCCACAUCCGAGUUCAAGCAGCAGAUUCAAAGAGUUGCCAUUUUAGGUGACUUUCUCGUCUCCAUAUUUUGAUGCAAGAUCAUCCCCCCCCUCUCUCUCUCUGAGGAAUCUUCUCAUUUCCAUUUUUUCUCAGGUUCUCUGUGCUGCUAGUUGAAAGUAGUUAUCCACCAAUCAGAGAAAACCACAGGGCCAUUGAACCCAGUUCAUGUAGAUAGGCGUAUGCGCGUGUACAUAAUGUUUUACAUAAAUGUGGUACUCUCUUUUUGGACUGGUACACAAUGUGAUACUUGACUCCACUUGUAUUCAAUACCAACUGUAAAUUUACAAAAAGCAGAGGCCAGGUUCUGCAACAUUUUUCA